AUGUCUAUGCCAGUGUGGUGUGACAAGGAUUUGACCAUCGGGGCCAGAGGCACUUAUCGCCUCAAUAGCGAUGGCACCGUCGUUCGCGACUCUGAGCCAUCGGGUGAUGAAGACCUGCACCUGAAGGAUGAUGGCACCGGCCUCGAAGAGGACCCUGUGAAGACGACCAGCAUUCGGCACGAAGGCACGUGGCAAGCACUCGAAGAGGAAGGGAAGGUGAGCGUGAACUUCCGAACAACGAUCCGGACCAAAUCAGACGGCCAGACAGUGUCAGAGGGCACCAACAUGUUUGAAACCCUGCAAUGGCGAGGAGAUGCGUUUGAAGACUAA